AUGCCGUCGCCAUCGCCGGCACGAGAGCGCCUCCGCUCGCGGUCGCGCUCAGCCGCCUCUCCAAACCACCACGAUGGGCCAUUGGCGAAGAGCACAAAAAUUGUCGUGGAGCGUUUGACAAAGACAAUCAACGAGGACCACCUGUACGAGAUAUUUGGCAAAUUUGGUCGCAUCAAGGAUCUCGACCUCCCCGUCAACCGAACCUUCAACACAAACCGAGGCACCGCGUACAUUCUGUACGACCACGAAGCCGACGCCGAAGCCGCCAUUUCCAACAUGCACGAGGCCCAGGUCGACGGCGCCACGAUCCACGUAUCCAUUGUGCUUCCUCGGCGCAAGCUCUCCCCGCCGCCGCCGACCGCCCGACGAGGCGCCAACAUUGACCCUCGCGUGCCGUUUACCGGUGGAGGGCGAGGCGGCGGCGGCGGCCGUCGUCGUAGGGGAGGCCCUCCGACAUCUCCAGGUGGCGGUAGAUUUGGGCCUCGCUCAGACGUCUACCGCCCUGGCGGCUCUUCGCGUUCGCAGUCACCACCGCCUGCGCGGGGCGGAAGCAAAUACAGGAGCCGCUCGCCAGCGUCAUACUCGUCGCGGUCACCGCCGCCCCGCAAAGGGAGCGGCGCUGGCUACAGCCGUCGGAGUCGCAGCAUAGACAGCCGCGGCGGAUACUGA